AUGCUGAGCAAGCACCACGAUACCUUCAUCACUGAGGACGACAUCAAGCAGAUCGCAGCAGCAGGAGUGAAUACACUUCGAGUGCCUGUGGGCUUCUGGAUCAUUGGUUACGACAACUACGAUCCAACGAACCAACGUGAAAUUGAAGCUUACAGUCCAGGAACGAUCAUGUACUUGGAUCGACUCAUCCGUGUCUGGGCCAUGAAAUACAAUGUGGCAGUACUAGUUGACGUGCACGCUGCCAAAGGGUCGCAAAAUGGAAAUGAUCAUUCAUCGCCCUCCACUCCAGGACAAAUUUUGUGGAGCGAAAAGCGUGAAAACAUUGCCAACACCAUCGAGGUAGUAAGGUUUCUCGCCGCUCGAUAUAUUAACGAUGAGGCGUUCCUCGGGAUUGGUCUCCUAAAUGAGCCUAGAGGAAACGUGAGCGCCUCCCUGUUGUACCAAUACUACCUGGAUGCGUAUCAAGUUGUGCGCUCGACGGGUAGUGACUGCGUGCUCACUAUUAUGUCAAUGCUGGAUAGUAAAAACCCCAUGGAACUGGCAGGAUUCAUGCCAAUGCCAAGGUAUAAGAACGUUUGGGUCGAAUGGCACUCAUACUUUAUCUGGACUUAUGAAAAUCGCACCAAUAAGCACUUGGUGGAAGUAGAUGUUAAGCAAGACUACCAGGAGAAAAUGACCAAGUGGAACGCGAUGACAGACAACAAUCCUUUGUUCAUUGGCGAGUGGAGCUUCGCCUCGCCUUCCAACAUGCUCCUCAACGAUCCCGAACUUUUCUAUGAGUUUGCGAAAGCGCAGCUGGAGAUACAUAGUCAAGCAGCUAAAGGCUGGACGUACUGGACGUGGAAGUUGGACGUGAAGGGUAACAAGUUGGACUCCUGGUCUCUGCAGAGACUUCUCACUGACGACCGAAUUGCCAAAUUGCUGCGUAAUACUUUGUAA